GGCCUCGCUUUCCCGGUAUGUGAAGUGUGGUGUGGUCUCAAUCCUACCCGAUGAUCGGUCACUACGAGCUCUGAGCUCCCCGCGCGGGGAGACGAAUCCAAGCAGCGAGACGAGUACUGCGCUGCUUGGAUUUGUCAGAGGGCAACCAGUCGGAUCCUGCUCUCAGGCAAACCCAGCGCUGCGCCACCCCGUGCUCAAGUACUCGGAUCCGGAUUCGGAUUCCACGGAUCCGCCAGACCAAGUAAUCGGAUUCAUCGCUCAGUCACGUAGGCGAGGCGGCGGACCAAUGGCGGGGCUGUUUUGUAGUCACGUGAUGCAUGACGUCACCAGAAAGCAAUGACUGCAUCGCAACACCCCUCCUGCAUCACAAAGCAGUGUUGCAACGUGUCAAGCAGAGGAAGGUAGACGUCGUACUGCCACAACAAAACCAAGGACAAAGGGCUCAGACACAUACACUGACAUUCUCCUUACGUCACACAUAUUUGGGUAUGGCGAUUGGCAGGAGGCUCAGUGAUGUGAAUGCCCUGUGCCUCGCUGUGACCUUUACUGUUCAUGUUUGGUCAGUGCUGGAGGGGCACGUGCUUGUGCCUAGCGCAGGACAUCUCUACGCAGAGCCUUUGUCAGCCCCUGCAGUGGUGAAUGAAAGCGACUGUGUGUUUCCCUUUUGGUGGAAGAACAAACUGCACAACAAUUGUACACUUAUGGACCGCCCUGACCACUGGUGCGCCACUAAGGUCAACGAUGCAAUUGGCCCAGUAACCUCUGGCUAUUGUAAAAGUUUCCUGGUGGGUCCUCUUCCGGAUGAACCUACUCCAACGAUAGAUGACGAUCCCAACCUCCACGAAGACUGCGUGGUGCCGUUUUAUUACAACAGGAAGACCUUCGUCAACUGCACCAUGGAAGACUCGAAUCAGCCGUGGUGCGCUGUGGAAGUGGAUCAGCUGCGCAAGCCAUUAAGGAUCAAAAUUUGCCGCAAACCGAAAAAUGCAACUGAGUACCGUGGUAUGCAGGGUAAGGUCAGGGAAUUAAAUCGACUCGAUCCGGAAAUAGAAGGACUUCAUUCGAAAGAUCGCGCACUCACACAGCACGGGGAUGUGUGUGUGGUCCCAUACAAAUUCAAAGGGAAGGUGUACAUGGGUUGUUACUGUGAUGGUGAAACGCCGUGCUGGUGUCCUCUUCGUGUCAGCUACGACUUUUUCCCACUGGACUCCGACUACUGUGCAGAGAACAGCACCGUGGUAACCAUCCCUAUUGAACAGCUCCAGCUCAACAUAUCAGAUACGCAGAUGACUUCCCGAAAUGAGCCGUGUACUUUUCCUUUCGUAUACAAGGGUUUAGUGUAUACAGAGUGUGCAUGUGUGGAUGCCCCGGAGUGCUGGUGUGCCGUUUCCCUCACAGUGGCUAAUGAACCAGCAGUGAGUGGUUACUGCAAAGACUUUCUGGUUGGGGAAACUCCUACCGUGCCUCCUCCUGCCUAUGGACUCGGAUAUAAUACGACGGAGGACGGGUGGGCGUGUCACCUCCCUUUCACCUACAAGGGACAAAAGUACACACAAUGUACCACCGAUGGACGCGACCGCCUCUGGUGCGCCACACUGCUGGGCGAAGGCGGCGACAUCCUUCAGUGGGGAUAUUGCGCCACAGAUUAUUUGUGGGAUAACGAGAUUGGCGUGAUCGCUCUAUAAGAAGCAGAGCUGGGUACUUCCUUACCUUGAUCCGCAUCUUCUCUCCUCCGUACCUGCGGACCACCAAACGAGGUGCGGAGGUCCGAAGUGGGGAAAAAUUUCCAAAAGUGCGGAAGUAACAGGUACGGAAAGGCGACUUUAAGUCCGUACCUCCGCACCUGAGACAUGUGGGGAAAGAUGAAAUUUUAAGUCCUUACCUCCACACCUGAGACAAGUGCAGUACAACGAAAUUUUGAAUCCGUACUUCCGCACCUGAGAUUUUCAAGGAAAAAAAGAUAAAUAAAGACGACAGUCCACACUCCGUAGCAUUACUUUCGGCAGUUUUGGAAGUCUGUGCUACCAGGCAUAUUUUCCCGCCAUUUGAGUGACGUCACUCAUUCAAGUCUAAGCAUGCUCCUCUCUCUCUCUCUCUCUCUCUCUCUCUCUCUCUCUCUCUCUCUCUCU